UGGCCUGUGUUAGUAAACGUCGGCAAAAAAAGCGUAAUUAAAUUGUUGCCAGCAGCACAGUUCAGUCACCAACGCUCUGGAUAACAUGAAGACAGCCUAACCAUCUCUGCUAGGGUGAGAAAUGGUCAGUGAGGUGUUCUCUCAUUUAUGUCUGGAAGUAGUUAACUUUAGCCAGAGCUUGGGUGCGUGACAGCCGUUGUGAGGUCAGAACACUCGGAUCAACCCUACUCCUCGACCAGAGCGUCCAGUGUGCACUCUGAACGCCCCGAGAGCAAAACUCUCUGAUUUUACCAACGGACAAUCUGACAACGCCCUGAAUUUACGAACGCCCCGAGCACACUGACAGGGCCCUCUCUGGCACUCCAGAGUUAAUUCACGAACGCUCCCCGGAUAGAACAAGGCCGCGCUUGUUUUUGUUGGACGUAUGUUGCCCUGACAACAGCGCAAGUCAAUCCCUAUUUUGAAAGCGUUUUCCAGUGGUACAUUUUCUUCCGAUUUACAAACGUUCUCAGAAAAUACUAGGCGCCGAGGUGUAUCAUGGCUGAUCCAGUGGCAACGACAACCGAAGGGCCACCAACAGAUGGAAAAUCAGUCCAUUUCAUUGGGAAUCUGUUGAGAAGAGUGUCAAGAGCCGAGCCUGUUCCUGAUGACGAUGAGGAAGAGGAUGAGGAGCUUCCCCCCACACCACCGCCACUAAUUCCACGAGGCCCACUGAAAGGAUGUCUAACAGUCCACCUGAAAAACUGCAGGGAUUUCAAUAAAAACUCUUCCAUAAAGAAAGGCACCCAGGGCUUCCUGAGGGCGAGUAUUGGGGAGAAGGUGAAGUGUACUAUGGUCCAGCCCUACAAGGACUCCAAGGCGGAGGGCUCCAAGUUCCCCCUCUGCUUCAACGAGUGGAAGUAUUUCUCCAUACAGAUUCCUAAGAGCACUGAUAACACGCUGGGUGUCUGUGAGUCACACCGUCUGUUGGUGGAGCUCAUCUUCUUCGAGCAGGGCACAGGAGUUCCCAAGCUCAUAGGAAAGACCUUUGUCAAACUGCUGGACAUCCUCAGUAAGUCCCAAAUGAACCACCUGCUGGAGCUGAGGCUCAAGCGCCAGAUCAUCUGUAAGCUGGAGAUGGAGAUGGUGAUGGCGUAUGGAUCCUUGGGUUACGGAUACUCCCACCAGUUGAAGCACCCAAUGAGAAACAUGGAGAGCCUAGUGGAGCGCUCUCUCUUCCUCCGCCGUCCACCACCGGACGACCGCAAAGACCAUCACUAUAAUGUGGUCACUCCUAAGCCAGUUCCUUAUUUAGACUUUAUCGCAGCGCUGAUGUACAGAGAGACCACCAACCCAGACAACAGGACGACUUACCCCUCAAACAGCACAAUCUCCCCCAUCAUCCUGGAAUGUAUGGAGAAGAGGGGCAGGCUACUGCAGAUGCAUGAGGAGAUGGAGGCGUUUGAGUCGUCCGAGGACUCCCUGCAGUACCUGGAGAAACUGGUGAUGAAGAAAGGGAUUAGAACCGGUACCCCCUGGAGGAUGAACAAGAGGUUCAAGGUUCUCUCUAAGUGGAGGAAAAAGGCAACCAUGGUUUCCAGGCUGCUCAAUUUUGGAGGCUGCUCAGAGGCGGCGAAACAACAGCGAGACACAAUUUUGCCCACAGGGCCAUUGGGUGUGACUCCCCCUGUGCCACUUUUAAAGCCCCGUGCCAUGCAACAGGAGAAAAUACCCUUAGUCAACGAGAACGAAGUGUCUGAAAUGAGCAAGCCUCCAUCUCCCAGAAAGACCCUGGCUGCAGCAUCUGGCCUGUCCACAUGUAUGGCCUCCACCCAGGUUGCCCAGUCAGCCCCAUUCUCUCCACCUCCAUCUGAUCAAUAUACCAGACCGCCAACAGUAGCCACCCCACCUACAUCAGCCGUGGCCCAUAAGGUAUCUCCCCCUAGCAGUGUGGCCUCCAGCUCCAUGGACCACCCUGUCCAGUCCAGGGCCACCUCUUCCCCCAGACACGUCACCCUGGUCCUGGCUGAGGGUCCCACCACCCCAGCCUCCACCUCCACUCAGCCCAGUACCAGACACAUCCCUAAACCCACCAAUGUGGCUGCAGUCCCCGUUCCCAUCCACCUGACCUCCCUCUGUGUUCUUACUACCCUGGAGGAAGACGGAGAGGAGGAAGACGGAGAGGAGGAAGACGGAGAGGAGGAGGUCGAGGAGAAAAAGGAGGUGCAUAUUCCAGUAUCGUCCUCCCUCCUCAAGACGCUCUCCUCUCUGACGCUGACCCCCGAGAUGGCCCUCCAUGCCACCCUGGUGCCCUCGCGCCAACAGAGCAGGCAUGGGCAGCUGGAGGAGUGUCAGCCAGCUAACCCCAGCUGCCAGCAGGAGGAGUGUCAGCCAGCUAACCCCAGCUACCAGCAGGAGGAGUGUCAGCCAGCUAACCCCAGCUACCAGCAGGAGGAGUGUCAGCCAGCUAACCCUAGCUACCAGCAGGAGGAGUGUCAGCCAGCUAACCCUAGCUACCAGCAGGAGGAGUGUCAGCCAGCUAACCCUAGCUACCAGCAGGAGGAGUGUCAGCCAGCUAACCCUAGCUACCAGCAGGAGGAGUGUCAGCCAGCUAAACCUAGCUACCAGCAGGAGGAAUGUCAGCCAGCUAACCCUAGCUACCAGCAGGAGGAAUGUCAGCCAGCUAACCCUAGCUACCAGCAGGAGGAGUGUCAGCCAGCUAACCCCAGCUACCAACCUUACCAGGAGAGCCCGUCCAGGGGGAAAAGUGACCAGGGGGGGACUGGUAGUGGUGCCGCUGGAGGAGUGAGGGAGUCGGAGUGGACCCAGAGAGAGGCUGCUGGAAUGGGCAGCAUUGGAAGUCGGUGGAAGCGGAAUUUUGCUGGGCUUGUCUCUCUUGGUCCCGGAGGGCAGAGGAGGGAAGAAGAUGCCCCAUGCAGCAGCACUGCCCUCAGGUCCCCUACACUGAUCGACCUGGCCCCACCACGGCUGCUGGGGGCCUGGACCGAGAACAUUGCCACUGUGCUGACACCCAUAGGGGGGGGUGGGGGAGGCCUGGACUGGAGAUCUGGAGGUCUGCCCACCGCCCAGAGAACCAGCCCGACUCUCUGCUCUCAGUUAAUCUUCCCGCCGUUAUCCGACCCUCUGAGCCAGAGCCCUCUGACGCGCUCCCCCCUGCCGCACCUCGGCUCACGGGCCACCGACACACCUUCUCCAGACCUGGAAACCUGGACCCUAGAUAGUUCCCUCUUCCUCGGUGGCAUGCUGUGUGAGUCCAACCCUCCAGAUCUACGUGUAGGCCAAACCAGCGGUGGCAGCAACACUGACAGGCACACCCAGAGAUCAGGAGGAGCCAGCACAGAGCCACUCACCACACUCAACUCCUGGCUCAGCAGUGACAAUCUCCCCACCGGAGCUGGCUCAGACUCUGGACAGUGGUCCCUCCUCUCAGAGAUCGACAUGUCACCACUCCGCAGCGGACUGGUCUUCUCCCCCCUCACCCCCAUCUCCUCCUCCGACCCCCUCACCCCCAGCUCCUCCCCUACCAGAAGCACCAGAGGCAGCAAGCUAGGCAAGGAGAGACCCAGGGUCGUGGAGACACCUCAUUCCCCGUAUCACAGACGCAACAGAGACCGCAGAGAUUAUUAUGGGAAGAUGUAGCAA